GCGGAUGAUCGCUCUCGGCACUUAUGCCGGUACCAUUCAUAUUCUUGAUUUUCUCGGGAAUCAGGUGAAAGAAUUCUCUGCCCAUGACUCUGUUGUUAAUGACCUUAGCUUUGACUUACAAGGGGAAUAUAUUGGAAGCUGUUCUGAUGACGGAUCGGUUGUUAUAAACAGCCUUUUUACUGACGAUGAGAUAAUGAAAUUUGAGUACCAUCGUCCCAUGAAGGCAAUUGCUUUGGAUCCUGAUUAUGCAAGAAAAACGUCUAGGAGGUUUAUUGCUGGUGGUUUAGCUGGGAAUUUAUAUUUAAAUUCAAAGAAAUGGUUGGGCUAUCGGGACCAGGUUUUGCACUCUGGUGAAGGCUCGAUACAUGCUGUGAAGUGGAGAGCAAAUCUUGUUGCUUGGGCCAAUGAUGCAGGAGUGAAGGUUUAUGAUACUGCCAAUGACCAGCGAAUAACAUUUAUCGAAAGACCACGGGGGUGCCCGCACCCUGAGCUUUUGAUUCCUCACUUGGUUUGGCAGGAUGACACUGUCUUGGUUAUUGGCUGGGGAACAUCGGUCAAAAUUGCCUCCAUAAGGACAAAUCACCAUAAAGCUUCUAAUGGGGCAUACAUGCAAGUUCCUUUGUCUGGUAUGACCCGGGUGGAUAUUGUGGCAUCUUUUCAAACCAGCUAUUUCAUCUCAGGACUUGCCCCUUUCGGUGAUUCUUUGGUUGUUCUUGCUUAUAUUCCUGGAGAAGAAGAUGGUGAUAAGGAUUUUAGUAGAACAGCUCCUACACGGCAGGGCAAUGCACAACGACCUGAAGUAAGAGUUGUAACAUGGAAUAAUGAUGAACUUUCAACAGAUGCUCUACCAGUACAUGGGUUUGAGCAUUACAAGGCAAAGGACUAUUCUCUUGCUCAUGCUCCCUUCUCAGGUAGCAGUUAUGCAGGUGGUCAGUGGGCUGCAGGUGAUGAACCACUAUACUACAUUGUAUCCCCGAAGGAUGUAGUUAUUGCAAAGCCAAGGGAUACUGAGGAUCAUAUUGCUUGGCUUCUUCAACAUGGAUGGCAUGAAAAAGCUUUAGCUGUGGUUGAAUCUGGCCAGGGACGGAGUGAACUACUUGAUGAGGUAGGAUCCAGGUAUCUUGAUCAUCUGAUUGUGGAAAGAAAAUAUGGUGAAGCAGCUUCUUUGUGUCCCAAGUUACUGCGAGGAUCAGCUUCAGCAUGGGAGAGAUGGGUCUUCCACUUUGCACAUCUGCGUCAACUCCCUGUUUUGGUUCCUUACAUGCCUACAGAAAACCCCAGACUACGUGAUACUGCUUAUGAGGUUGCUCUUGUUGCACUGGCUACAAAUCCAUCUUUCCAUAAGGAUCUCUUGUCUACUGUAAAAUCCUGGCCAUCUGUGAUUUAUUCUGCAUUACCUGUUAUUUCAGCCAUUGAACCACAGCUAAAUACCUCGUCCAUGACUGAUUCACUCAAGGAGGCAUUAGCGGAGUUGUAUGUAAUCGAUGGACAAUAUGAAAAAGCCUACUCCUUGUAUGCAGAUCUUAUGAAGCCAGAAGUAUUUGAUUUUAUCGAUAAACAUAACCUACAUGAUGCAAUUCAGGAAAAGGUUGUCCAACUGAUGAUGCUAGAUUGCAAGCGUGCAGUUCCUCUAUUAAUCCAGAAUAGGGAAUUAAUAAGUCCACCAGAGGUUGUGAAGCAACUCCUAAAUGCCGAUAACAAGUCUGAUUGCAAAUAUUUUUUACAUUUAUACCUCCAUUCAUUAUUUGAAGUAAAUCCACAUGCCGGGAAAGAUUUCCAUGAUAUGCAGGUAGAACUCUAUGCGGACUAUGAUCCAAAGAUGUUGCUACCUUUCCUUCGUAGUAGUCAACACUAUACCCUUGAGAAGGCUUAUGAAAUUUGCAUUAAGAGAGACUUAAUGAGGGAGCAAGUCUUCAUCUUAGGAAGGAUGGGAAACGCAAAAAAAGCCCUAGCUGUUAUUAUAAACAAAUUGGGGGAUAUAGAGGAGGCUGUAGAGUUUGUUACCAUGCAGCAUGAUGAUGAACUCUGGGAAGAAUUAAUCAAGCAAUGCCUUCACAAACCUGAAAUGGUGGGCAUACUAUUAGAGCACACAGUUGGAAAUCUUGACCCUCUCUACAUUGUAAAUAAGGUUCCCAACGGGUUGGAAAUACCUCGGCUCAGGGAUCGGCUAGUUAAAAUUAUCACUGAUUACAGGACUGAAACAUCACUCAGACAUGGGUGCAAUGAUAUCCUUAAGGCUGAUUGUGUCAAUCUUCUAAUUAAGUAUCACAAAGAGGCACGGCAUGGAAUUUCUGUAGGUAAUGAUGAAGACGAGCCACGAGUUAAUAUGAGCGAUAAUCGUGCCUCUCAAGCAUUUGAUAAAUCCCUAAGUCUGAGAACCAUGGAGAUGAAGUCAAAGACUAGGGGAGGGGGAAGAUGUUGUAUAUGUUUUGACCCAUUUUAUAUACAGAAUGUAUCAGUCGUUGUUUUCUUUUGCUGUCAUGGUUAUCACACAACUUGUCUCACGGAUUCAUACUACACUAGUAACACAAAAGAGGUUGAAGAUACUCCACAUGAGACAGCAACUUAUGAUGAUUACAAUGGUUAUGUGGAUGAUGCCAGCGAUGAAAAUGAAGAAACCAAGUCGGACAGUCCUCGUAUGCGUUGUGUUUUGUGUACUACUGCUGCUGCUGGUUGACUGUGUUUAUGUGUGUGUGUGUCCACAACUUGUGUUUGCAUGGUGUGUGGUUUCAUUGUCCUCUCAAUUUUUAAAAUUAUUUUAAGUUUUUAUAGUUUUUAUUCUUUCUGUUGUCUUGCUGGUUGCGGCAUAUUCUUCUUUUACUUGAAAUGCCGGUUCCUAUAAAAUUUCAAUAGAUGAUUAAGUGUGUCAUAGUAACAUAUGUGUAGCAAGGUUAUUUAAAUCAGACCAGCCCGGCUAGUCGGGUCGGUUUGAUCGGGAAUUGAACUCAUGGCCAGUCUGAUCAUCAGAACGGAUUGGUUGUGCAUACGUCACAUAUUGCUUUUUGAUAUUGUGCUGUUUAUAUAUCGAAUUUAAAUAUUUGUUAACAAUAACAUCCACAAAAUUUGAACCUGCUAGCAA